AUGCGCCUGUUCAACUCCCAGCUGCUGCAGUUUGACCACGACCUGGAGGCCUGGCGCCGCGGCCCCGGCCGCAGCAUGGACUUCACCCUGCUCGACCGUCAGAAGGGCGCCGGCUGGGACCUGGCCGCCAAGCUGCUCGCCAAGCGCAACGCCCUCAACCGCGGCCGCCCCAGCGCGGCCGGCGCGCUGCGGCACCGGUUCCUCGCGUCCACGCCGUUCGGGCUUUAG